AUGAAAAGGAGAAAAAACUGCUCAGUCUUUUGCCAUUUACAUGAACAAAUCAGGAGAAAAAACAGCAGGAGAUAUUUUAUAACAUCUAUAGAACUCAAAAAGAAAAACAAUUUUAAAAUAUGGAAAUACGAAAAUAAUAAUUAUAAGGCAAAUAUAUUUUUUCAUGAAAAUUUUCAAAUUUUUAAGGAAAAAGAUUAUUUACUAAAAACAAGAAUAAGUAAUUUUAAAAAGAUAAAUAAAUGUAAUAUAAAUUAUUUGUUCAUAUUUUUACAAUUUGAUGAAAUAUGUACUGAUCAUUUUUUUAACAACACACUUCCAACUAAUGGAAUACACAUUCAAAUAUUGUCAAAAUUGAAUUACUUACUUUUAUUAAAAAGGGUCAUCAGAAAUGAUACUUCCCUUAAUAGGUCCUUAAAAUACAUUUACCAUAAUUAUGUGUUAGCUAGGGAAGGACGUAAUGGUAAUGAUGUAAUAAGCAGUUGCAUAGACCAUCGUUUGUGUGUACCAGGUGUUGAUAAAAAUAAAAAUAGGAGUAUCACUAUACACAGAAAAGACGAUGCCCCCAGUAGUAGCUGUUGUAUUAACGAUGCAGCAAUAGCACCUGCUAGGGGUAGCAGCGGUAAUAGUAGCAGUGGUAGUGGCAAUAUAAAAAAGGAAGAUGGUAAGGAAUUUUUUUGUUUAAAAAAAGCGAGCGAGCUUUUCAAAGUGGACAAUUGUAAGAUAGUAAUUCAUACAAAUAUUAAUAACAAAUAUAUAAAACAUGUAUAUUUAGAGGAGUUAGAUGAGGAUAUAAGCACUCAGUUAAACUAUGUAUACAUGUUUGACAAUAAGAUCGCAGAUAAAUAUAUAUUACUACAGCUGUAUAGUUUUUAUGAAUAUUAUAAGGAAGAAGUAGAGAAGAAGAAGAAUGAGUUUUUAUUUUUUCUGGAUAGACUAUGUGAACGGAUGUUAGACAAAAUGAACUUGAUAGAUUUAGUUUUUAUCUUUCAUACUCAUAUAAAACAAAAUUAUUAUAAUCAUUUGUUUUUAUUUAUUUUAAUGAACAAGUCAGAAUAUUUUUUAAAUACUACAGCACAGUUAAAAAAGGAAGAGAAAAAACAACAAAUCAUUAAAAAGAAAUAUAAUCAAAAAUCAUUAAUUACAUUUUUUCAUUCCUUAACUAACUACUUUUUUUAUUUAAGUAAACACGAUACGGAUGGGAGGUAUAGAGACAAACUGAACUAUGUCAAAUGGUUGAUAUAUAACAAAAUGUAUGGGUACUUGUUACAAUAUUUGCAGGAAAAUUACACGCUUUUUACUGCCCUCGAUAUGACCAUAUUAUACUCUUCCUUUUUUAAGUUAGGAAUAAAAAAUGAUCAGCUCCAGGGGGUGUUGCUGGACUACAUAGUUUGCAGAAGCGUCGAUGGUGUGGCUAGCACGAAUAGAGGUGAUGACAAGGCAAGGACAAAUGCAAGUGAUGAUGUAGCUAGCACAGAUCGCGGUGAUGGUGUAGCAGACAUACAGAGCAGCACAGGCGGGUGCCAUGAUCGCAUGAGCGGGGGAAACAUGCAAAUAUUCUGUUCCUUUGUAAACAUGUUUUGUAAAUUCUUCACUCAGUUUAGCUAUAGCAAAGAAAAAUACACGAAAGUAAUAAAAAGUUUAUUAGUUAUAUUUGAAAACAAUUUGAAAAUUAUAGUAGAAUUAUUUUUUAACAAUGCUUGUCCAACUGAGGUAGAUGAUAAAAGGCGAACGUCGACUGAAAGUUUUCUGAAUAUAGUAACAAAUAAGGACGUAAAUUAUUUUGCUUUUAUUAAUUUACUACGAAUUAGUAGGAGAAGUGAAAAUGGUACUUCCCUUCUAGUAGGGUCAAAAGAGAAGAAGUGGUCGAAAGGCGUAAACCAAUUUAGUAGUUCCAAUUGCACAGACGGUAAGGACAGUAACAUUUGUAAGGAUAACAGUGGGGAGAACCUGUACAAUCUUAGUACAAUUAAUGAAAAUAUAAAAUACAUUGUUAACGUUCUAAAUUCUACAUACAAGAUAUUAAAUCAUACAAUUAUGUCGUACAGAAUAAAUGAAUUUAGUAAAAAUUUUCAUAAAAUUCAGUUAUACAAUUUUGUAGAUAAAAUGAUAUUUGGUCAUACCUGUACUGAUAACUAUAACUGUACAGAAUAUACACAAAUGUUGAGAAGGUAUAUAUAUAACAUUAGUCUGUUUACAUAUUCAGAAGGUAUAAAUAUAAAUCGUUUAUUCAUUUGUAGCUAUAUUGGAAACUUGUUUCUCUGUGAUUUUGUAAAUGUAUACAUAAAGAGUAUAUCACAACAGCUGCUUAACAGUGGUGAACGAAUUAGCACGAUAAAAGAAAAACUUAAUGAUGACUUUUUUUUUUCUCAAAUUGUUACUAACACAUUGGGAGCUAUUAAUAAUUUAAAUAUUAGGAGAAACGGUAUUUUUGAAAAUAUAUCUUAUUUGAUUAAAAAAAAUACAUUUCAUCUACAAUUUAUGCAUAUAGCAAAUAUCAUACACUCAUUUGCAUCUGUCAAGAUUAGAAAUGAAAAACUGCUUUGUUUCUUAUUACACGAAUUGAUGCUUCAAAUGAAUGUAGAAAGGAAUAAAAAGCAACUGAAUGAUCAGAUCUUAAGUAAUAUAUCUAUUUCUUUAUUAAAAUUAGAUUUCCCCAAUGAAAAAUUUGAUCAUAUAAUUUUUGCCAAUUUUAAGAAAGUACAGUCAUUACAGUCCCUCAUUAAUAUUACUUUUUACAUUUCUUACUACAAUUUGGUAUAUCCCUUUUUAAGAGAAAAUUAUUUUAAUUAUUUUUUUCAACAUGUAAAAAUAUAUAAAAUGGAUCACUUAACUGUACAAAGUAAGGCACAACUAAAAUUAAUCUCUUUUCUAAUUUUGCACAUUCAUCGUUACUGCUCUGUUAAAUCAGGCAUAUCUGAUAUAUCGUUUGACGCCUUUGUGAACAGUUUGAACAAUCUUAUUCGUUCCUCCUCAAACCAUAGUUACACAAAAUUGUCAAACGUGGGUCUUUAUAAUCAUACUUUGAAGAAAGUAUACAACUAUGUUACAUACAUCGUUAGAAAGCGAAAUGCACUAAAUAACUAUUGUAGGAUUAAUCAAAAAUUUUUUAAGAAUCAAAAUAAUUCACUUAGUAAGCACACCAAAGCUUUAAAUAGUAACCAGCCAUAUAACGUGUUUUUAAAAAAGCAUCGAACAAAGCAGUUAUGCAUCAGUAACUGUAAGAGGGGCAUGCAUUCACAUAGUACAGCCCCUCACGGUAGACCUUGUGGUAAGUUCUGUUCUCAUAUAUAUAACAGCGAGCAUAGAAGAGAACAUAGAAGCAUGCACAGCAGAUUACAUGGCAGAUUACGUAUCAGAUUACAUGGCAGAUUACAUGACAGAUUACAUGGCAGAUUACAUGACAGAUUACAUAGCAGCGUGGAACAAAAUAUAGAGGGGAAAAACACGAACACGUGUUUCUCUCUUACGCAUUUAAAGAGCACCUCCAUAAACAUGUUUGACAUUUUUACAUAUAAACUUCUAAAAAACAAAAACGAUAAAAAUGUAAGGUUACUAGAUCGAGAGAAUUAUCUCAAUCUUAACUUUGUUUCCGCAUUUCCAUUUCCAGAAAAACCGAUAAAUUAUUCGACCUCGAAUCUGCACAACGACAUAUUCGACGUUAUUGUAUCCCUGAACAUUAAGAGAACAGCAGUGAAGGAGAUAUCCCAUUACCCCUAUUACGUUGACAUAGUCCUCCUCUAA